CUUGUAGAGCGUGACCUUUACGAUGUGGAGGAGUUGAUCGAGGCUUGCAAAUUGGGAUCGCGUCGUCUUCCACUAGACCCGAUUCUCUACGACACAGAUCAUCCUCUCGUGGGCCAGGCGAUGAAGUCGGUGUUUUUGGCGUUAAAGCAGAUCAAGAACAACCGAUCAAAGAUGCAACGGCGAACUGAGAAGUUGAAGACACGUAAUCAAGACAAAAAGAUCAGAAUUGAACCGCUUGGGCUCGAUGUCUCGUUGCCUGGAUAA